AUGUUUCUGUGCAGCCGCUUGAUCUCAAAACAAUAUAUGAGCCGUGUUGCCCUGGAUUCAGUGUCAAAUCCAAGUAGCACCGCAGCCCGAAUCCUGGCGUAUAUGAAAGCCACAGAGCUCAGUGACGUUCUGGAGGCUUCAGAUGAUGCUUCUCGUGCUUCCAAGCCAAUUUCUACCGAUCAACCAGCUCCCAAAUUUGCAGCUGAACCCGUCCAGGCGUACCAAAACAAGCUUAAAUACGCCCGGAAUGCCGAUUUUCACCUCGAUAGCAAUAAUUCGUUCCCUAUGAGUGGUCCAAACUCAUUAAACUCCAAUAAUGCCAACUCGAUUCCCAAUACUUUCAAGUACAAAUCGCAUCCAAAUGCCAGAACCAAACAAACCUUGGGCAAAAUGAACGAGCAAUCUGACCAACGUCGAGAUUCUUUACAAAACUCCCAGAUCAGUGUGGAACUGGAUAACCAAAAGUCUCAUACCGCUGAAAAUGGCACUACAGAAUUACGUCAACCAGAUGAUGGUCCAGUUCGAACGUCUACUUUGAGUAAGAAAAAUACCUUGGAUUUCAAUAGCACACCAGAUUGGAUGCCACCGGAAUUGGGAGAAAAAUGGAACGAGGAGAAUUUCUCCUCAUCUGUUCGUAUCAAUAGGCAAUCUCCCAAUACCCAAGUUGACCUGGCUCCACUUUUCCUUCUGUCAACCAACACAAUGAUCCACAAUUCAAAGCAGGGCGAUACCCCAGCAUGGAAAAAGGCAUCCAAACAGUUCCAAGAAGUACGCAAAUCUCAACCUCAACUCCAAAACAUCUUUGCAUCCGAGCUGCUGAAAACAGAAACGAAAUCUGAUAACCGCUUUCAUGAUUCUAUAAGCAACUCUAUGACAUCCACCACUUCAAACUCCAUGGCUUCGGUUCCACUUCACUUGUCGAAAGACCAGCUUCAGCAUCUAGAACACCUUUUGGAACAGGAAGGUGUACCAGCUUAUGUUCCGAACCCUGAAUCCCCUCUAAAGUUAUUUGGAGAUAAGUAUAACACGUUUACGAAAGACAAGCUAGCAGAUGUGUUGCAGAAAAUGAAUAAGCCGCCCAAGUUUGAAAUUCCUGACACUCUGAACUAUACUCAACAUAAUUCAUCGGUCCAAGAAGAUAGCGAAGAAGUGAAAAUGCCGACCCAAAAGCAGGAACCCACGCACGAAGACAAGGCAUCUCAGCCCAAGUUUAUGAUCCGUGACUUUACGAAGUCAGGAAGCUACUCCGAGCAACAGUUCCUUCAAAAUGCCAAUAACAUAUUCAGCAAUAUCCAAAAAAGAGGAUUCAAAACUGCCAAUGAAAAAGACCAAAUGCAAACCACGGCAACUUCAACACCUAAAAAUGCCAAGGUGAUUGACGAUGACUAUUCCUCAUUCACCACAGGUUUUGAUGACGAAUCUUCGAGCAUUUCUGCUUCAAAAAGGGGCGAUGACGACUAUACGUCUGUCGGUAGCAGGGAGAGUCAUUCAUUUCACAACUCUACACAACCUGUAACAACAAAUAACGAUAGUCGACUUUCAGUAGAAAACCUUGAAAAACUUGAUUCGUUAUCUUUUGUCGAUACUGUCGAUGAGACAGGGGCUGCUUCGAAUUAUAUUGCUGAACUGCAUUCGCCUUCAAACGAUUACGAUUUCCAACACCUACGAAGUCGUCUUAAUGAGCUCGAGCACCUUGUUACCACUGAUCACCAUCAAGUCAUGGAGCAACUUAAGAACGAGAACAAGCAAUUACGAGAUAUCAUCAGAGAGCUUGGUCGCCAAGAAAGAACUUCUGUCUCUCGUCUGCUCAGGAACCAAACAAGUGGGUUAGCAGAUCACAGUUUCAACGAUGCUGAACAGCUUAUUAAGUGGAAACGGGCGUCACAAUUGGGUCUUCGUCAUAGAAAGCACCAAUCUAACGAAUUUCCUCGACCUACGACCGUGGAUCACAAUGAUGAAAACUCGCUCAAAGCGCAACAGUUUCGUCAUGACGUGGGAAAAAUUAAGCCAAAGUAA